UUUCUACUCUGGUUUUUUUUUCAGACUACAUCCCCCCCCCCCCCCCCCCCCAUGCUUCACAUGCUUUCUCACUUAUACAUGUUCAAGCCAAUUUCAUAACAGGAUAACUACAUACGUAUUGGUAUUGAUUCAUCAGCAAACAGAUUGACUUCAAGUUGUUUGAAUAUUCUAAUUCAAUACACCAUUACACUUCAAUUAAAAUAUCUCAAAAAAUCUUCAAGCUCGACAGUCUGAUACACCAAGUUGCUUCCCCACUGGGGGGUUGCGUACUUGGAUGAAUCUGACAUAUCAGCUUGAUGCUCUAUCCACUACUUACAAUACCCUCAUCCACUCACAGACUUGUACCGUAUUUACUUUCACUUCACCAAUCACCAAUCAUUCACCAUGUCUUCGUUCUUGAAACCCCACAAGGGGUCCGCCCUGAAAGGACUGAAGAAAAGUAGCGUUCAAUUCAAACCACGUGGUGUCGCAGCUGGUGAUCGAAUCAAGGAGGUUCUAAAUCGAAAUCGCAUGGAGGCUAUGGGUCUGAGUCCCAGUGGCGCAAGUCGUAAUUCCACGCCAGCACCAAGCCCUGCACCUACCUCUGGCUCUGCCUCGAAGAAUGCCUCCUCUUCAGAACGAACUCCUUGUCCUACCCCUGGUUGUCCUAACCCCUUGGCACCCAUCACCGAUGGCUACUGUUCUGCCUGUGGUCGUGAAAUCGACUCAUCCAAUAUUGUUGCUGAAGUCCAAUUUGGCGAAUCUUCUUCUGGUGCUGCUGUUGUCCAUGGAAGCUUUGUUGGAGCUGAUCAAGGCACUGCCACCAGAUCUCUGGCACCACAAUAUCGAAGACUUGGUGGUGGUCUUACUGAUGCACGAGAGAAGACUAUUCGUGAAGCCAAGAAUAUGAUGACUGGCUUUGCUCACCAGCUUAGGGAAAUUCCCCCACACGCUGUGGAUGCUGGCAUCCAGAUAUUUAAACUCGUAAUGGAAGAGAAUUGGCUUCAGGGUCGAGGUAUGGACAAGGUUGUUCCUGUAUGCCUCUAUACAGCCUGCCGCAGAGAGGAUGGAUGUAAAGUCAUGCUCAUCGAUUUUGCAGAACUUGUUCACAUUAACGUGUAUGAGCUUGGCCAUGUCUUCAAGGAUCUCAACAAUAUCUACUCCUUCCAGAGCCACAACGUGAAAUCCAUAAUUCCGGAGGACCUCAUCUAUCGCUUCUGUUCGAAGCUUGACUUUGGCGAUUUCACUAACAAAGUCGCAGCAGAUGCAACCAGGCUUUGCCAGAGAAUGGGUCGUGACUGGAUGGUUAUGGGCCGACGACCUUCCGGUAUUUGUGGAGCUUGCAUACUCAUGGCGGCGCGUAUGUGGAAUUUCCGACGUACUGUGGCCGAAGUUGUCUAUAUUGUUAAAGUUACGACUCAUACGAUUGAGCAACGUCUUGACGAAUUCACAGUCACUGAGAGCAGUGAGUUGUCUAUUGAAGAUUUCUUGAACAAGGAGUUCCUUGAAUCUCGUCAUGAUCCCCCUGCAUUCUACAAAGGAACCACCAACUGGCAAGAGAAGCUGGAGAAGGAUGGGAAAGUUAGAAAGCGGAAGCGCGUUAUAACAGACAUUGAUGGUGAUGAGCAUGAGCUGCGCUCAGAGUCCGGAACACCUGCACCAGACGGCUCAGCAACCCCCAGGGCUUCCCCUGGCACCACAAAUAUGCCUCCUCCGCCUAUACCUCGACCACCCCCCGAUACUUCACAUAUGCGUCAAGUGGCAGAAUUCUUGCCAAGGGCCCUUGAUCGUGACGAAGGACGAGAACUGGUCGUCCCUUUCGAUCCCAAUGCAAUACCUAAGCGACCUCCGCGGAAAAAUGCAAUUGGUGAUAGAAACGUCACUGAUGGCAAAAACUCAGAGGAUCCAUUAGCUGAUGAAGCAGUGGAUGAGUUGGCAGCGGCAUAUGGCACCCCAGAAGAAGACUUGGACAAUGAACAGGACCAGGAAGAAGUUCCUGUAGAACCAGAACCUCAACGACGUAGUCGUAAAAAAGGAUCAGCCGAGCCCGUGCUCACCUUUAAUGAUGAGUGGGAGCGUGAUGAGGCUGAGUUGGAGCAACAAAUUACCGAAGUUAUCAACGAUCCGCACAGCGAUAUACACAGCAAAGCACUAGCUACAGCUGCACACGUGGCGCACAUCAAAGGCGAAUGGGCACGUUCGCUACUUCCCCAGCGCGAGCUCAAGAUGGACGAGAUCAUUGGCGAGGAUGAGUUCGCUGAUGACCCGGAGGUUCAGUUUUGCUUGCUUGCACCGCAUGAAGUAAAGUUGAAAGAGAGCAUAUGGAUUAAUGCCAACAAAGAUUGGCUGCGCAAGAGGCAAGAGAAGAUUUAUCGUAAGCAAAUGGAAGAGCUCGGCCCUCCCAAGCGCAAACGCAGUCGAAUGAAGAAACCGAGAAUUGGGGAAGGUCAGCUGACACCAGCCUCCUCGGCAAGUGAAGCAGCUAUUGAGGCACUCAAGAAGCGAAGCACCUAUUCCAAGCGUAUCAAUUAUGAUGCUAUUGAGAGUUUAUUUACGACCAAGAAAGACAGAGGGCCGGGAUCUGUAGUAUCACGAAAUGACAACGACAGCGAGACAGCGAGCGUUACUGAUGGGGGCACUCCAGCACCGGCCCGGCUCCAGCUGGUUCCUGUCAAACCAUCGCUGGUCGCGACUGAUAAUGGUGAAGGUGGAGAUGAAGAAGAAGGGCCGCCAGAGGAAGUAUAUGACGACUAUUACUCUGAAGACCCUCCCAACUAUGAUGAGCAGCCAGGUUAUGACGAAGACGGAUAUGGUGGGGACGGGUACGAGGAAGAGGAAUUCUAUUAGGACUUGGACUUGGACUUGGUCUCGCCAUCUUUAUAUCCUUUGCUAAAAUGUUAGCUACAACAAAUAACUAGGUUACCUUGAUGGAGAAUUACCAAGCAAAAACUUGUAAACUUGAUACUAUUAUUCGUGAUCUAGACUCUGAAUGGAGAGUGAGGUGCAUGCAAGCCUUGCAUAAUUUGCACAUGACCUCUGUGACAGCUGUCCCUGAAGCUAGGUAAUUGCAGCAUAUAACUAUCGGCUUGGAAGGCUUGAAAAGUAACUAUAUCCAGGUCCAUUGCUCGGCUGGCAU